UCAUGGCGGGCAAAAAGUAAACAAACUCGAGUUGACGGGAAAAAAAAGCCCCAGUGGACACUUGUUUCCUGCUGCACUGCCCACGCUUCUACUCUCAGCGAGUGCUGCUCCGAUACCAACUCCGCGCCCUGGACGUGCCCACCUGAGACCUGCCCAGGCUGCUGGCGGCGGCAGGCGUCCACCCCUCACGGCAGGAAGCUGUCAUCCGCCUCACCUGCGCCUUCCUCAGGAAGACGGGGCAGCUGACGCGCCUGUGAGGACCUCACAGGACGCCGCGGCCCUAAACAACAACCUAUUUACGAGACAUUUUGGGCAUUGCUUAAAAAUGAUUCGAGGCCUGACUGGAAGGCAUCGAGGCGCCAUGGAGUGAGGAAAAGGGCGUGACAGGAGGGAGGAUGGCGGCCAGGGAGGGAAAGUUUGACACCCUCACCAAGGAGCUCAUCACUCACGUCCUCGGCUUUAAGGAGGGCGAGGAAAACUUUGUGCGCAGUGAACAGUUUGUGUUGUCCAACCUGCUGUACCACCACUGCCUGGCUGUCAACAGCCAUGCCGUGCGCCGCUCCCUCGACGGCCUGGCCCUCAAGUUCACCGUCCACGGCCAGCACCAGCGCACUGCCAGACUCAAGACUCUCGUGGCCAAGUUCCUCGCCUUGCCAUUCUUCAAGGACCAUUAUGAGACUGACUUGGAGUGGUCCCUGCUGUCCCUGCUGCUGCACCUGAGUAACAGCCCGACGCAGGUGCCCCUGGGGGAGGGUGCCGGGGAGCAGCAGCGUCCCCUGGCCCCCCUGGAGGAGAGCCAGCUGCAGCAAGUGGACUGGGCUGCCUACCUGAAGGAGGAUGAGCCUGAGUACCAGCUCGGCCCCGAGGAACCCCUUUCUGACUGGUCAGGCGACGAUGAUGAGAACGGCUCAGAAGGAAGCGAGGAAACAGAAUCUCCAGACAGACAGCCGUGCACCGAGCCUUUUGCCUUACCCACCCCUGCAGAGGCCCCUUCCCCCAUCCCUGGCCUUGUCCUCACCAAGCCGCCGACCUCAAGACUCAGAACACUAGAGCAAUUGCACCGUGCUAAGUCCUGGCUGUCCGCAAAGACCCACCUUCAGUACUGGGGCCCCAAGAAACCCCACGAGCUGCCUGCAUCGAAACACCCCUUGGCGAACGUUGCCAAGAUAUGCAGGGACAGUGGUGCAAGUGGCAGCGGUGAGAGACAGUGUUGCCAGCAGCUGAGUGAGUGGUCGGUGAUGCGGGAGGUGGUGUGGAGCCUCAUGUGUCCUGUGUCCUCUUAUGUGUUCGUCAGCAGCGAGGAAGGGAGGUUCAGCGUGAGGGAAGGCGUCACCAUCUCCAGCCUCACCCCGUGUGCCAGCCGGAGCAUGCUGGAGUACCUCUGUGAGCCCCUGCAGCAGCUCAGGACCCUGGACCUCUUCCUCCUCUGCCACAGCACUCCUUGCCUGGACCCCCCAACACCCAGCACCGUCAUGGCAUACACCUCCGGACUGCAGCACUGGCGCCAGGCAUUCACCCAGCACCUCAGGGACCUGGAGGACACAAUAAAAGGCCAAGAGAGCUCCGGCACCCUACUGUGGCUUGAGGGUGAGGUACUGUCAUGGCUGCGUGCUGUGGCUAUUCUCCACACGCUACACAGCAAAGCCUUCGCCCUGCCACCCCAUGCCAGCUCCAGGAGUGUGGCUGUGAGGCUGCUUGCUUGUGCUGUGAGAGGCCGUGGAGUGCUGAGAGAACAAAGGCACAGGGGUGCUGAAACUGUUGCUACCACCUACCUGUCCAUCAUGCACACCUGGCUCACUGACGGGGCUCUCACGGACCACGCGCAGGAAUUCAUCAUACACAGAGACGAAUCCGUGACAGUUUACGAUGAAAGGUUCUGGCACAAAGCCUUCACGUUGAGCUCAGAGCGAGAUGAGCUGAGUCAGAGCCAAGGGGCAGGGAGUCCAGUCCAGACUAUAAUGAAGGUCCUCGCACCACUCCUGUCCAUCCUGACCUCAGUAGGCAAGUCCCAGGAGCUGCUGGCUGCCCUCGAUGUCCCUCCAGUGGCCCUGCAGAGUGACCUCGGGGAACAGAGUGAUUGUUCCCUGGAGGAGGUGGUUGUGCUGAGUAUUAAGAAUGCAGUGUGCAAGCCCUUAGAAGAGGACAAAGAGGGACAGCAAGACACUGAUAUAAACAGCAGCACCAAAGAGGAGGACAGCAGCACCAAUGACACCAGCCACAAGAACAGAAGGAACAAGAACAGCACUGAGGUUGCAUCCAGCCCUGCCCAAACUGACCCCUUGCUCUGGGCUGCCUUCAGUGAGACACCACCCCUGCACAGCCCUUCAGAGGAGAUUUCUCUGGCUGUGGACCACAUAGCAAGCUUAAUAGAAGGAAUUGGAGACAUUCCUGCCCCCAUCUCAGUGGUGUUCCUGCUGAGCUCAGCACUUCAGUCGCUGGUCAGGAGGCGGCAGGCAGAGCUGAGUGCUGAGCUGACGCGGGUGCUGCUGUCUGAGCACCGCCUGGCCCUUCACUGCCAUGUGGUGCGGGCAGUGCUGCUCAUGGAGGCAGGGGAUGUCAUGCAUGAGUUUUAUUCACAUAUAUUCUCAAAGCUGGAGACAGGAGAGCUGGUGGACAGCAUCAGUCUGACUCUCCACCUACAAUACUGCGUCUCCCGCCUCUACCCAGACCUUGCACAGCACUUCUCCGUAUCCUUGCCCCUGGGAGGCACGGAGGAAGAGGUCUCCGGCAAGGCCUCUCCUGCCGUGAUGGAGGAUGAGACGCAAGACUUGAAGGAUGAAAGAGUCUUGUUGAUUGAGGAGCUGGAAGGGUCAGGGAGGAGUGCCGAGGAAAGGAUGUGUGACCCAAAACACUCCCAAAGUGUUACCUGCCCAAGCUUCUCGUUAACUAAGGCUGGAAUACCGGCAUUACAAGUUCACUAUCAGGCGCCGUGGCCCGCCAACCUGCUGCUCACUGAGCCGGUCAUGGGGCAGUACAAUAAGCUCUUCAACUUCUGUCUCAGCCUCAAAAGAGUGACCAAUGGCCUGGAAAGACUCAAAUUCAAAGAACUCAGCAGCUGGAAUCUAAUCCUGCACUGGGAGGCAGCGGAGGACGGCAGUGCUAACAACAAUGUGGAGAGCCCCCAGACACCCCUGCAGUCCCGGAUCCACCGCCUGCAGCUGCUGCGUCAGUGGCUGCUGUGCUUCGCCCGGGAGCUGCACGACCACUUCGCCAACACCGCCUUCCUCCCCUUCCAUCAGACUGUGGAAAGACUCUUCGCUCAGUCACCACCAUUCAACACAAUAGCCACAGAACAUGAAAAGCUACUUCAUAAACUUACAAGUGAAUGCUUGAUGGGAAGAGAUGAAAAAAUACUCCCACUACAAAUAGUUCUCAACAAGGUGUUCUGGCUGACACAACGCCUGGCUCAGCUGUGGCUUGGUGAUGUAAGUCGGGUGAGUGUGGACGAGCUCACUAGCCUGGAGACCCACUACGCCCAGGUCCACCGAUACCUGGUCAACUUCCUCACCACUCUUGUGUCACGCAGCUUCACGCCACACUUGGAGGGGUUGACGCGCACGCUGGUGGACACAGUGCCCUUGCUGACUCAUCGCUAGUGGACUUUAGCAAGCUAUUUGAGGGGAUGGCGGAGGGUGGAGGGAAAGGCCAGCCCGGAGAACAGCGGUAAGGGAGGCCGUGGACUAAAGAAAGAGAAAAAAAAGAGGAAGGCAGCAAAGAGAAAGAGGGAGACAAAAAAGAAAGAAAGGAGGAGAAUGGAAAAAGAGAAGACAAAACAGUUAAGAAAGAGGAAAGAAGGAAAACAGGAAGAAAGGAAGGUCCCUCUACUCCACGUUGAACACCCCUUUCAGCUUUACAUUGAUGCUCGUCGUCCCUGUGCUGUCCGACUUAGCAAUGCAAGAGUUAACUGUUGUCAUUCUGUACAUAUCAGGCAAGAGCAAGACCAAGCUAAAGCCAUACUUUGUUAGGUAGCAGUCUGUGUAUGUUC